AUGCGCGCCUGGCUGCUUGUGUGUGCGGCGCUCGCGCUCGCGCCGGGCCGGCCGCGCGCCGCCAGCGCCACGCCCGCCGCGACCGCCGCGCCCCCUGCGCCACCUGCGCCACCUGCGCACCCGGCGCACCCGGCGCACCCGGCGCACCCUGCGCACUCGACGCACACAGCGCACUUAGCGACCAUUACGCACUCAGUGCACGACUCGCACACUGCGCACUCCGCGCACCAAGCGCACUCUGCGCACUCGGAACACAGUGCGCACCCACACACCCUCGCGGAUCCCGCGCGGCUCGACCACAUCAAGACACAAAUACUCGCAAAGCUGGGGCUGCGCGCGCGACCGCGGCCGCUUGGCGCGCCGCCACGGGACGUGGUGCGGCAAAUCCUGGCGCGCGCCGCCGACACGCACACGGAGCGCCCACCAGAAGAAGACCACAGUAUGCGGGAGAUCAUCGCUAUUGCACAUAGAGGUUUGAACAUCCUGCAAACAAUAAAAGUUUAUACACCAAGUUGGUGAAGGUUACACAUAAUUGGGUGUAAACAAAUAUGUUAAAUAUUGCGCAGUUGUAUACUUUCUGACAUCGACAUUGCGCUGGUCUAAUUGUCAUUGAAUUGAGUAAAUAAUCAUCAAUUAUGACAGAGAGACUACAGAGAGUGGCUAAAUAAAUUAAUAAAUACGAAUAAACCCGCUGAAUUCUGUCAUUAUAUUUCAAUCUGUGGUAAAUUUUACAUCUCCUUCUAAUUUCUUGAUAAAAUAACUA